UGUUUUUAGGAAAAAUUUUAUGUGUUCCGUUCCAAUUACAUUGACAGUGAUUGAUUGGAUUCGUCAUCAAUAAUGUUUCGUCAAUUAUUUUGGUGUUGGAAGAAAAAACCAGCACGUAAUAAACGUGUUAAAAAAGAAAGUAAUAAACAUGAACGGAUAACAAUGACAAAACGACAUUAUCGAUCAGAUUCAAAAAGAACUAAUGAUUGGAAAAAAGAAGAUUCAUCCAUACGAUUAUCUACACGUUCAGGUUUUGCACAUAUACCAACUACACCAACAACAACAUCAUUUAUGCCUGCUACAUCAAUUGGUCAAAGUAUUCGUCAAGCAUCGCCUAAAUUAUCAAGACCAUCGACACCAUCACAAAUGAAAACCGUUGAUAUUACAAAUAUAAUUCGUCAUGAUCCAAUCGAAACAACCGUUGAAGAAAUUUUACAUUGGAAUGGAUAUAAAUUAGAAAAUGAAAUUGGAAAAGGAAGUUUCGGUUCAGUGUAUCGUGCUCGUGAUCUUAUCAAUGAAACAGUUGUUGCCUGUAAAGUAAUUGAUAUAACAAAAAGUUCAAAAAAUCAAAGCCUUUCGGUUCGUAAUGAAUUAUUCAUUAUGGAAAAAGUUAAUCAUCCACAUAUAAUCAAACUAUAUCGACAUUUCAUUAUUGAAUCACCAAAAUCUCGCCAGGUUUAUAUUUUUAUGCAGCUUGCAAAAUCAAAAUCAUUAUCGGUUUAUGUUCGAUCAUUCAAAACUGGUUUGCCUGAACCAACGGCAAAAAAAAUGUUUGCACAAGUCGUAUCGGCUAUUAAUCAUUUACAUAAAAAACAUAUAGCACAUCGUGAUAUUAAAAUGGGAAAUGUAUUGUUGGAUGAAAAUAGUGAUUGUUUAGUGACCGAUUUUGGAUUAAGUCGUGUUGCAUUUCGAGCAUCAAAGGGUAAAAAAAUAUUGACAAAUAAAUUCUGUGGUACAAUGCCAUAUAUGGCACCGGAAAUUCUAUUAACUCGUGAUAAUAAAUUAGUUUAUGAUCCAUUUCCAGCUGAUAUAUGGGCAUUAGGUGUACUAUUAUAUUGUAUGAUAAAUCGUGGAUAUCCAUUUCCAAGUGAUAGUACAAAAAUGUUAGAACAACAAAUGUUACAUAAAAUACGUUUUGGUAAAAAAAUGCAAUUCGAUCCAACUGACGAUCUUAUCGAUCUAUUUCAACGAUUAUUAGAACCAAAUGCCGAAUUACGUUUACGUAUGGAUCAAUUAAUGAAACAUCCAUAUCUAAUUAAAGAUAUAAAUCUUGUUGAACAAAAUGUACGACAAUUAUUAAAAGAUGAUCCAGAAAGAGAAAAUCUUUCUUUAUCAUCAACAGUAAAAACGGCUAAUCAAUCAAUGUGGGCAAGAGAAAGUUUUCUUGAAAUAAUUGCACAACGUAAAAUGGCUAUACAGAAAAAACUUCGAUCAUCAUAAUAUUUUAUUUUUUCUGAAAUUGAAAAAGAAAACGAAGAAAAUAAUGAUUGUAUAAUGAUGUGUAUAUUGGUGGUUGG